AUGGCCGAGUUUGUGCGUGCGCAAAUCUUUGGCACCACCUUUGAGAUCACCUCGAGGUAUUCUGACCUUCAGCCCGUUGGCAUGGGUGCCUUUGGCCUCGUUUGUUCCGCCAGAGACCAGCUCACAAACCAAAAUGUCGCCAUCAAGAAGAUCAUGAAGCCCUUUAGCACACCAGUCCUCGCUAAGCGAACCUACCGCGAGCUUAAGCUUCUCAAGCACCUCCGUCACGAAAACAUCAUCUCCCUCAGUGAUAUUUUCAUCUCGCCUCUGGAGGACAUCUACUUUGUCACAGAACUGCUUGGUACCGAUCUCCACCGCCUCCUUACGUCUCGGCCGCUCGAGAAACAGUUUAUCCAGUACUUUCUGUACCAGAUUAUGCGCGGUCUGAAAUACGUCCACUCCGCAGGCGUUGUCCAUCGUGAUCUUAAGCCUAGCAACAUUCUCGUCAAUGAAAACUGCGAUUUGAAAAUCUGCGACUUUGGUCUCGCCCGUAUUCAGGACCCUCAAAUGACUGGAUACGUCUCCACCCGAUAUUACAGAGCACCCGAAAUCAUGCUCACCUGGCAAAAGUAUGACGUAGAGGUCGACAUCUGGAGCGCUGGUUGUAUCUUUGCAGAGAUGCUUGAGGGCAAGCCGUUGUUCCCUGGAAAGGAUCACGUCAACCAGUUUUCCAUCAUCACAGAAUUGCUUGGAACCCCUCCCGAUGAUGUUAUCAACACCAUUGCUAGCGAAAACACCCUUCGAUUCGUCAAGUCACUUCCCGUUCGCGAACGACAGCCUCUUCGAAGCAAAUUCCCUAAUGCAGAUGAUGCCGCUGUGGAUAUUCUUGAGAAGAUGCUUGUUUUCGAUCCCAAGACGCGCCUUACCGCUGCUGAGGCUCUAGCCCACGAGUACCUCGGUCCCUAUCACGAUCCUACCGACGAACCCGUAGCGGAAGAGAAGUUUGACUGGAGCUUUAACGAUGCAGACCUGCCAGUUGAUACAUGGAAGAUUAUGAUGUACUCUGAAAUUUUAGACUAUCACAACGUCGAGGCCGGCGCCGGCGGCGCAGAGGUAGGCGUGCCGGUACCAGCCGCCGAUGCCCCUGCGCAAUGA